AUGCAGGUUCUUGAAAUUACACUAAAAAUUCUUAUGGUUGCGGGAUGCUGGCCGCCAAGUUCUUGGACAUCAUUUUAUAAACGUACUGUAUAUAACGCAUAUACAGUUUUUGUAACAUUCUUGCUAUUCACCUUUAUGUUGUCUCAACUUAUGGAUAUUAUUCUGAACGUUGAUAAUACCGACGAUUUUGCGGAUACUUUCUACGUCAUGCUCGCCAUGGUCAUGUCUAUUUGCAAAAUGAUCGGUCUCUUGAUAAAUCGCAAGAAUAUAGAGACAUUAACCAAUAUCCUUAUUCAGAAACCGUUUAUCCCGCUGGAAGCCGACGAAAUAGAAAUUCGACAAAGAUUCGAGAAGACAAUACAAACCAAAACUUUAUGGUACGCAAUCCUGAUCGAGACGACGUGUGCGUGUAUCGUGCUGACGUCAUUAUUCACGAAUUUUCGAAAAGGCAAUCUAACGUACAGGGAGUGGACACCGAAGUACAACUACUCCGAAAUGGUGUUUUGCGUGGUAUACGCUCGUCAGUUAAUGAGCUCGAUGUUCGGGUCUUUAGUGAACAUAGCCUGCGACACUCUGAUCUGCGGUCUACUAUUGCACGUGUGUUGUCAAAUCGAGAUACUCGAGUGCCGGUUGAAAAAGAUCUCGCUCGGUCGAACUAAUAUGCGUGAAUGUGUACGUCAGCACAACAAUAUAUUUAAAUUCGCGCUAAUGGUAAACGAAAAAUUCAAGAUAAUUAUUGGCAUUCAAUUUAUAGUGAGCACGCUAGUGGUUUGCUCCAACUUAUAUCAACUAGCAAAAAUAACGUUGAGCGCGCAAUCAUUUCCAUUGAUAUUAUACACAUGCUCUAUGUUGACGCAGAUUCUUAUCUAUUGUUGGUAUGGAAACGAAGUUAAGCUGAAGAGCAUUGAACUAGCCCCUAAUAUCUUCAAAAUGAAAUGGCUGAGACUGGAUCAAAGUGGAAAACAAAGUUUAUUAAUUAUUAUGAAUUGCUCGUUAGUACCUAUUGAAUUCUCUUGCGCGUAUAUUCUCACGAUGAAUCUCGACUCUUUCGUAAGUUUACUUAAGAUAUCACAUUCGGCCUAUAACAUAGUGCAGCAAAUGGGAACAACAUGA